AUGGCCCCUCCCCCAACUUCAGUCAACUCCACCACGUCAAUCAUCAUCCCGACGUCCACACCAGCUCCAUCUUCGACCACCUGCCCACCAGCAACGGUCCCCACUCCAUUGGCAACCACGUGCCCCACCCCAGGCGUCUACACGAUCCCAGCAACGACCGUCACAAUCACAGAAUCAACCACCGUCUGCGCAGCCACCGGUACCUCCAUCCCAUCUGGAACCCACACUGCCGGCGGAUACACCACGACCGUCACGGAAUCCACCACAGUCACUUGCCCGUACGCCUCAACCGGGACGUCUUCCGGCGUAGUAACCAGCACCAUCCUGACCACUACCUAUGUGUGCCCCUCAGCAGGUACAUACACCAUCGCCCCUCUGACAACAACCUGCUCAACCGAGACCUUCUGGGUAUACCCCACGCCGGCCUCCUACGCACCGGGCACGUACACACAGCCCGAAGUCGUCACCACCAUCACGGAAACAGACUACGUGAUCUUCUGCCCCUACACGACCUCCUCCCCCGUGCUAGCAUCCACAACCUACGCCCCCGUGCCCGCGAGCACCACAUCCGCGGCCGCAGUCUCUACACCCACCAAAUCGUCUUCCCCCGGCUCCGGCUCCUCGGGAGGCGAGUUAGGAUCCUCCGGCAACCAGUGGGCCAUAACCUACUCUCCGUACCAAAACAGCGGCGCCUGCAAAGCCGCCUCGGACGUAAUGGCCGAUAUAUCGAUCAUCGCCUCGAAAGGCUUCCUCUCGGUCCGCGUCUACAGCACCGACUGCUCGGGGCUAACCAACAUCGGCGCCGCCUGCUCCGCCCACGGCCUCAAGAUGAUCCUGGGCAUCUUCAUCUCCGACACCGGUAUCUCGGGCGCUGCUGACCAAGUAACGGACAUUGUCUCCUGGGGCCAAUGGGACCUCGUCGAGUUAAUCGUCAUCGGCAACGAAGCCGUAUUCUCAGGCUACUGCACGGCGUCCGAACUCGCGGGAUUUAUAUCGAGCUGCAAAUCGACCUUCUCGUCCGCAGGCUACAGCGGCCCCUGCACAACCACCGAGCCCCUGAACAUCUGGCAAGAAAACACCUCGGCCCUCUGCGCCGUCGUCGACGUCGUCGGCUGCAACAUCCACCCGUUCUUCAACGGCGACAUCAGCGCCGCGGACGCCGGCCCCUUCGUCGCGUCGCAGCUCGCGAUCGUGGACGCGCUGUGCCCGGGCAAAUACGGCGUGAACCUCGAGACGGGAUGGCCUUCUUUCGGGACGGAGUGUAACGGCGCCGCGUGUCCGGGGACGAGCGAGCAGGCGGCGGCCGUGAAGAGUAUCACCGAGAGCGCGGGCGGGAAGAGCGUCAUGUUUAGUUAUACGGAUGAUUAUUGGAAGGAGCCGGGCGCGUUUGGGUGUGAGCAGAGUUGGGGGGCUAUUCAGCUUUUUGGGUGA